CCAUCGGCCAAAGCCGUGAUGAGAAGAGCCCUUCUGAGAUCCCGCUUCUCCUUCUCUGCAACCCAACUCCGCCCUCCGAGACCUUCCCGUCCGUACAAAAAUGGUGGGUCCUCACCAAACUCCUCAAAUUCUCACACACCGACGAGUUUCAGCUCAAAUCCAAAUUGGGUUUUCACAAACUCUCUCCCUCCUCCCGAAUGGGUAGAACCACUAAACGAUAUUUCUGAAGUAGUCUCCAGCUCCCGAGACCUCCAACUAUCUCCAUGGGUUGCCCAUAUUCUCAACACUUUGGACGGGUCCCCCGACAUGGAAGCCAAUCUCGACACUUUCUGUAAGACAUUCCUGAUCAAAUUGUCGCCUAAUUUUGUUUCCUUUGUUUUGAAUUCCCGCGAGCUUUUGCGAAAACCCGAUAUCGCUUUGCGUUUCUUUUACUGGGCUGGUAAGCAAAAGAAGUAUAAUCAGAAGCUUGAGUGUUAUGUUUCCUUGAUUGAGCUUUUAUCUUUGUGCGGUGAUUUGGAUUGUGCUCGGAGAGUGUUUUCCGAGCUUGAAGGAAUGAGUUUUCUCAUGAAUGCCUCCUCGGCGAAUUCGUUGAUUAAGAGCUUCGGUAGUGUUGGGAUGGUUGAGGAAUUGUUGUGGGUUUGGCGUCAGAUGAAAGAGAAUGGGAUUGAUCCAAGUUUGUAUACUUACAAUUUUCUGAUGAAUGGCUUGGUGAAUUCAAUGUUUAUUGAAUCCGCCGAGCGGGUUUUCGAGGCUAUGGAGAAUGGGAAGGUUGAACCGGAUAUUGUGACUUAUAAUACUCUUUUUAAGGGGUAUUGUAAAGCAGGGCAAGUCCAGAAAGCGUUUGACAAGUUUAGAGCCAUGGAAGCUAGGAAUGUGCAGCCUGAUAAAGUUACUUAUAUGACGUUAAUGCAGGCGUGUUACUCGAAAGAAGAUUUUGAUUCUUGUUUGAGUCUUUACCAUGAAAUGGAAGAGAAAAGACUAGAAAUUCCACCGCAUGCUUAUACUCUAGUGAUCAGUGGGCUUUGUAAGCGCGGGAAGUGUAUGGAAGGGUAUGCCGUUUUCAAUGAUAUGAUCCAGAAGGGUUAUGGAGCGAAUGUGGCUAUAUACACUGCUAUGAUUGAUUCAUAUUCGAAAUGUGGGAGCAUGGAAGAGGCAGUGAGGCUGUUUAAGAGGAUGGAAAGUGAUGGGCUGGAACCGGAUGAGGUUUCUUAUGGGGUUAUUAUCAAUGGGCUAUGUAGGAAUGGGAGAAUGGAUGAAGCCAUGGGAUAUUUCGAGUUUUGUAAAGGUAAGGGGAUGCCGAUAAAUUCUAUGUUUUAUUCUAGUCUUAUUAAUGGUUUUGGAAAGGCUGGGAAUGUAGAAGAAGCUCAAACGAUUUUUGAAGAGAUGGUUGAUAAUGGAUGCCCGAGGGAUUCAUAUUGCUACAAUGCCCUUAUUGAUGCCUUGGCCAAGUCUGGGAACACUGAUGAAGCAUUAGCACUUUUUAAGAGGAUGGAAGAUGAAGGUUGCGAUCAGACAGUUUAUACAUACACUAUACUUAUUGACGGACUGUUUAAAGAGCACAAAAACGAGGAGGCAUUGAAGCUAUGGGACAUCAUGAUUGACAAGGGCAUCACGCCAACAGCAGCAUCCUUCAGGGCUCUUUCUAUAGGGCUCUGUCUUUCGGGGAAAGUUGCCAGGGCCUGCAAGAUCUUGGAUGACUUAGCGCCAAUGGGUGUAAUUCCAGAAACAGCUUUUGAAGAUAUGCUCAACGUGUUGUGCAAAGCUGGUCGGAUCAAGGAAGCUUGCAAGUUGGCUGACGGCAUUGUGGAUAGGGGGAGGGAAAUACCAGGGAGAAUUCGUACUGUUCUAAUCAAUGCCUUGAGAAAAGCAGGCAAUUCAGAUCUAGCUAUUAAGUUGAUGCAUAGCAAAAUUGGCAUUGGUUACGACCGAAUGGGUAGUGUUAAAAAGCGAGUGAAGUUUCAGGAGCUUGUUAGCAGCUGAGUCUUAGGCCAGGUUGUCAUCUCAAGCGGCUUUGGCUUCUGCCUGAUACACGACUCCUUCACAGUGCUCACCGUGCUAAAGUCUAUACUUUUUCAAUUUUCCAUUUGAAGAAACUGACAUAGAUGAUACAAACCCCUUUCUAGUCCUUUACUACUGGCCCAAUUCUUUCACAGGAAACUAUAGUCUGGUACCUCACAUAUGAACCAACCACUAGGAAAUUGGUGACAUGAAAAUGUAGAUGUAUUUUGGGAAACAGGAUUUUAAACACGUGUUUGUUGGACUUCCUCAGCUAUCAAUUUCAUUACAAUCUCUCUUUUUCUCUCACAAAGCCCUGGGAAAGAAAUUGUCAAUGAAGCCUGGAUGUGGAAAAGUAUUUUGGGUUCUCUCGUUCCCCCAAAGGCCCAAACAAAACUCCAGAAGUCGAGGAAAGUAGUAAAGAAUCUGACAAAAAUAAAAAUUUCACAUAUCACUAUUGAUUGACUUCAGAAUUC